CUUACUUCUGUCCUGGCAUAGGUACGAACGUCGUCCUGCUCAUCUGCUUAACCAAACCAACAUUAUGGAUGAUGGAGACUAGGCCACACAGGAGAUCAACGAGUGGGUUGCUCGGGGAAUGCUAGCCCGGGAACACGUUAUAUCCCGUCUCGACUACAAAAUUAAGAUCAGUUACGCGAUUGACCAAGAGGAGGAGCCUACCAUCGAAGCCACACUCUAUUCGGCUUCGACUAGUGCGUCUUCCGGCGAAAGUCCCGUCUUAAUUGAACCGGCCUUCAUCUCUCUUCUGCAAGCAAUUGCCGCCUUUCCUCAGGGUUCCGAAGGAAUUAAGGCCGGGAGAAUUAUCUUUGAAAGCAUAAACUAUCUCAGCUCACUGCCUUACAUUCCUAGAACCCCGCAACCGUCUUCCCAGACGAAUGGCCUCUCAUUAGCUCAGUUAAACCGGGCCCUGGUUUGGUUGUUGCCAAACCGCGCGAAGUACAUCAUAGAGGAGAGCAACUUCUCCCGUAUACGCACGCGGUGGGAUCGCCUGCGCCUGCUAUUCCAGAGCUUAGCUACUAGUACCGUCCCCCUUGCGGCGCAAGACAGCGCCCGGAGCCAUGCUCGUUUGCUUACAGCUCGACAUGCCUUCGAUGUUUCGUGGGACGGUUGGCUGGAUAACUGCGCUGUUAAUCAUGACGACGACGGGGAUGAAAUUUAUCAUGAUCUUCUGGAUGUGUUGUAUUCCACUCAAGAGGAGCGGCCCCGCUGGUCGACGCUUGUGCCACGGGACGCUUUCCGGAAUAUCGCGAAGCAGAUCAAAGCGGAGGAAAGGCUUCCUGAGCUAUGCACCCUGGCAAUUCCAGUGCAACGGUUCAAAGACCUUGUGAAGGUUCUGCUAGCGCUGCACUUGGAGCUUCCAAAGCCUGAUGUUGGUGAAAAUACGAAUCUAUCGCAAUACGAUGAUGCGGCGGAUUCUAUAUGCGCUGCUUUCGCACAACAUCGCGAGACGGGAGUAACAGACUUAAUAACGUGGCCCUCAUUCGCACAUGCGAUCGAGUCCAUGGCACCACAUAUCGUCGAGCCCCUGUACCGACUCCUCACAGUCACCUUCAUGAACAAAGCAGCCCCGGCCGACAUCCUCGGACCCCCAGAUCCGCCUCGCAACCUACCUGAAGACGCGAUUCUCACUCUGCCCCGCGUGAGCCAGCUCGUCUCUUUCCUCGCUGAGACUAUAGAUGCCGGGUACUUGCGCCGCACGAACCGCUAUGAGUCCCCCAACUUCCCCGCGCCCGCUGCCCUCGUACGAGCUAUGACGGACGUUCCUGAGGAGGCGAUAGUGCUGUUCUCGGGCCGAGUUAUUACUGCUAUGGCUGCAUCGACUGAAGAGGGGAAGCAGUGCGUCUUUGGCCUGUUUAGUCCCGCGCCGAAGAAAGACGGAAUCUGCAUCCAGGCCCCGUCCGAGAUCCAACCUGAUAACGCGGGACAGCGGCAGUGCCGGUUGUUCCAGCUUGCACCGGUACAGGAUGUGUUCCGUGGUGUUGCGGGGGAGCCGGGGUGGAAUGUGGUUUUGGAUGCUGAGGGGGGUGAAAGUGUGGCGUUUGGAGAUUCGAGUGCAAUUGAGGAUGCUGAAGAACGGAAAGGGGGGGUGGUGUUGGUUUUGCGGGAUGGAUUGCGGCGAGCACGGAUCCGGCAGUGGAGUGGGGAUGUGGAGAUGAGUUUGGAUGGAGGCAAAGACGGUGGAAGGAAAAAGGGGGUGGCGUAUGAAGCGAAUCCAAAUCGAGGCGAUUGGACGGUCGACUUUGUCGUGGAGGAAAUCGAGAUCUGGAGUGAGGACCCAGUGUAG